CUAGCCUAUUACUUACUGUACUCCCAUUUUUUUGUAUUUUGAAAUCUGCAGAUAAACUGGAUAUAUUUGAUUCAUGGCUAAGAAACUGAAAUCUUCGAGUUGUGACCGUGGACAUGAGGUGGAUAUUCUCAAGGACAUUCAGUUGAACCUCCUGGAGUGUAAAGUCUGCUUUAAGGAUUUUAACCAAGACUACAAACCCCGGCACCUUCUCUGCGGUCACGUCCUAUGUCAGGAAUGUGUUUUGGCCCUGGCCCACCCUGUCCUCAGGAAGCUGGAGUGCCCCUUUUGCAGACAGCUGUGCACUGUGGACCACACCUCCAACUGCCAAGUCCUAAGUGACCUCCAGGAGAUGCUAUUGUUGCAUGAAUCCAGGUGUGCUCUUCCACCCUACAAUACAGAGAAGAGCUUAAGCUUGGAGACAAAAUUGGGAUCGAUGUCUGCAGUUUUGGGAGGAUGGGGUACUCUGAUAAAUCCAGUGGGACUUGAUGUAUUGGGGUCAUUAGAAACAAUUGUAAUAGUACAUGAUGGGACACACAGAGUUGUGGUAUUAAGCUCUAAAGGGAAAAUUCUUAACAGAUUCGGGUCAAGAGGAAGAGAUACUUGGAAUAUUAUUUACCCAUUGGAUGUGGCUGUGUGUCCUAUGGGUCAUGUGGUUAUAACAGAUGGAGGAGAUAGAGCAGUGAAGAUCUAUACAUCCAGAGGAACGCAUAUAAUCACAAUCAAGGCCUCAUUUCAGCUUCCUUGGGGUGUGGACACAGACAGUGGUGGAAACAUAAUUGUAUCAGACACCAUGGCUGGCUCGCUUUUUCAAAUAAAAGUGGACUAUUGUAACAGUGUUGAUUUUGAAUGUCACACAGCCGUUACUAACCUUGAGAAUCCCAAAGCUGUAGCCUGUGUUGCCGUGAAUGGGAAUAUUGCAACAGUAGAGCAUUUAAAGAGCAACCAGCACACAAGACUUAAAGUAUUUACAAAUGACUUUCACAUAGUCUAUCAGAAUGACAGCUCUAGCAUAAGACUACAGUAUGAUGUUUGUAUCCAUAUGUCAGCUGUGACCUUUGACCCCAACGGUGAUGUGAUUGUGGUGGACAAUAGUCAUGGGACAAUUUGGAGUUUGGGAAAACCUUGGCAUGGGUCUGUUCCUGUACCUCUUGUAAGUGCCAAUCUUAUACGUCCCGUAGCAUUGAAAUUUAUGAACAACAAACUCAUUAUACUGGACAGUGGAGACCAUACAGUGAAGAUUUAUAAUGCUGCAUCUGAAACUGGGUCAACUAGCCAGUAG